GCGGGCCGAGCGGGGUGGAGGGCGCGCGGGCUGGCAGCGGGCGGGCGCGGGGUCCGCUGGGGGGACGCUCCCGCUCGGCGCUCGCACCCACCCGCCCCCAGCCGGCCUUUUUCCUGUUAUUGGUCCGGGGAGGCGCGGCCGGGCUCCGGGAAGCGACGCCUCUCACCUAGCGAGCGCGGCGCGGCGGCCGCGGAUCGCCGGGAUCCGCCCGGGAGCGGGGACCCGCCGCCGCGAUCCGUCCUGGCAUCCGGCCCGCCGCCGGCCCUGCCCGGCCACUCUGUCUGGGAAGAGGUCAGCCGCCCGCGGAGUCACCGAGGGAUGAGGACGCUACAGCCCGCUGGAUCGCCCUCUCUGCUCUCACGGCCCCAAGCGCGCAGCGCCCCGGAGCCGGGCUCAGCCUGACGCCUGGCCCUCUCCCGUCGUGCACAGCACCCCGCCGGUGACCCGAGACCCCCCCAGCUCCCUGCUGCAUGGACCGGCUGCAGAAGCAACCACUGACCUCCCCCGGGAGCGUCAGCUCCUCCAGAGAUUCCAGUGUGCCCGGCUCUCCCUCCAGCAUCGUGGCCAAGAUGGAUAAUCAGGUGCUGGGCUACAAGGACUUGGCUGCCAUCCCCAAGGACAAGGCCAUCCUGGACAUCGAGCGGCCGGACCUCAUGAUCUACGAGCCCCACUUUACCUACUCUCUCCUGGAGCAUGUGGAGCUGCCCCGGAGCCGGGAGCGCUCGCUGUCCCCCAAAUCCACCUCCCCCCCACCGUCCCCAGAGGUGUGGGCGGACAGCCGGUCCCCCGGCACCAUCUCUCAGGCUGCCGCUCCAAGGACCACGGGGACCCCCCGGACUAGCCUGCCCCACUUCCACCAUCCCGAGACCACCCGCCCAGACUCCAACAUCUACAAGAAGCCCCCCAUCUACAAGCAGAGAGAGUCCGUGGGAGGCAGCCCCCAGAGCAAACAUCUCAUUGAGGACCUCAUCAUCGAGUCAUCCAAGUUCCCUGCGGCACAGCCCCCCGACCCCAACCAGCCAGCCAAGAUCGAAACCGACUACUGGCCGUGCCCCCCAUCGCUGGCCGUUGUGGAGACGGAAUGGAGGAAGCGGAAGGCCUCUCGGAGAGGCGCUGAGGAAGAAGAGGAGGAGGAAGAUGAUGACUCCGGGGAGGAAAUGAAGGCCCUGAGGGAGCGUCAGAGAGAGGAGCUCAGUAAGGUCACUUCCAACCUGGGAAAGAUGAUCCUGAAAGAGGAGAUGGAAAAGUCACUGCCCAUCCGGAGGAAAACCCGCUCCCUGCCCGACCGGACCCCCUUCCAUACCUCCUUGCACGGUGGAACCUCAAAGUCAUCUUCUCUUCCCGCCUACGGCAGGACCACCCUGAGCCGGCUUCAGUCCACAGACUUCAGCCCGUCGUCGGGGAGUGAGGCCGGAAGCCCAGGCCUGCAGGUGAGUGCGGCCGGCCCAGGGGAGCCCGGAGCCCCAGAAGCCGGGACUGGCAGUGUCAGGGGAGGGGGGCGGGGGGCUGCACUGUGACCCGCUGAAGACACGAAAAGCCCAGGGUAAGGCCGGGAGGUCUCCCUGCCCCACGCUGGCUCACUGCGGCUUUGGUCUCCCCAGAACGGAGAGGGCCAGAGGGGGCGGAUGGACCGGGGGAGCUCCCUGCCCUGUGUGCUCCAGCAGAAGAUCUACCCCUACGAAAUGCUGGUGGUGACCAACAAGGGCAGAACUAAGCUGCCCCCCGGUGUGGACCGCAUGAGGCUGGAGAGGCACCUGUCGGCGGAGGACUUCUCCCGGGUCUUCGCCAUGUCUCCCGAGGAGUUCAGCAAGCUGGCCCUGUGGAAGCGGAACGAGCUCAAGAAGAAGGCCUCUCUCUUCUAGCGCCUCUCCGUCCCGGCUCCAGCUGCCCGCUGCUGUCGGGUCUGCAGCCUCGGGGGUCCCCCGCCCCCACAGCAUCAUCUCUGGGGGGAGCAGCUGGCGCAGAGGCAGGCUUGGCUCCAUCCCUUGGGUAGAGGGAGAGGCAAGUCCGCUGCAGUGCUGGUUGUGGGGGGGACACAGCCUCUUCCCUGCAGUGAGCUGGGUCCCAUCCCUUCCCCCUGCACUUAAUGUUGGUGUUCCCCCGCCCCACACUCCCUCUCCCGCACAAGGUCCCCAGAGAAAUCAGGAGCAAUGAAGGUGGCGCUCAGUGGUCA